AACAACAACAACAACACUUAACAAAACACUCAAUUUGCCAGCCUAGCGCAGCUCAAGUCAGUUCCAUCACUGCCGAAAUGGCAACAGGAGUUGUGCUUCGCACCAUUCCUAUCGAUUUAUGGGUGGAUUUUGCCAACACAGGGCAAGGUUCCAUCCGCAGAGGACCAGCCAAAAGGGUGCUUGUACCAGGAGAGUGAGAUUGGGAUCCGUGUAAGGGUGGAACCCAGUCAAACAGCCGAGUUUAGUGGCUCUUUGAGGAACUGUGAGGUAGCGUUUCAUGUGCUUGUGCUCCGAAAAUGCACCAGACUGGACUGGUUCAUCCUUAAACAUCCAUGGUGACACACGAGGUGGGACCCAGAAACAUUCCUUGCCCCCGUUUCGACAUUGCUCCUAGUAGCGAUGCCAGGAACUUUAGUAGCGUUCUUGCUCCUAGUAGCGAUGCCAGAAAAUGAUCCUGCCUGCAGCAUUUUGGUGCCUUGGGAGUCCUUAGUUGAAAUCGCCAGCCAUGUGGUUCGAUCCCGACCUCUUCGACGAUGAAGCGUUGCUUAAUGCCUUGAAAUCAGACAGCGACAGUUCGUCGGAGUGUGAGUUGUCGGAGGAAGAGGAAAAGGCCCCGACGACUGGAGGUUUAAAGGAUGUGGCCAAUCUCACGGCCAGAAAACAUAACGCUGAUGAGACUCUGAAGCGUCACUGCGAGGAGCUCACGAAGGCAGAGCGGACGAAGGAGCAGAAGAUGCACCGGCGCUCGAGUUGCCAACAGAAGGUGCAAGAAAACCAUUUCGAGAUCCAACGCGCGCAGAUGUUGGCCAAGCAGGCUGAAGCCAAGCCGUUAGCGCCACCUGCGCCCAAGUUUGUCGUUGGGCAGAAGGUCCGCAUCAAGGCAUCCUUCUGUCAAGCGAGUCCCGUGUUCCACUCCAGCGCCGAGAGCGAGAAGCAGUGGACCGUGGAGCAGGUCGACGGAGCCGUGUGUUCGCUCCGCUGCUAUGGACCCAACGGCCUGGAGGCGCGCAUCAUGCGCGCGGAGGCCCUGGAGCUCUGCCUUGUGAACAUCUUCACAGCUGGAGCUCCGGUCUUGAUCAGGAAUCUGCCCAUGAACUUUUGGCCGUGCUUGGAAGGGCACCAUGGGAUUUGGCAGCAACGGCAGGGCUAUGACAGCUCCCAGGUCUAUUUUCCCAACUUCGCCCGAAGAAUUGUGGUGCCCAACUCCUCGAUCUUCUCGGCCCAUCCGCAGCCGGUGCCCGGCCCAGAGUCUGCGUGCGCAGAGGAGGUGGAAGAGAUCUUGGGCUUCAAGAAGCGCAGCUACGUGCGGGACGUCAACGGACGCGAAGGCGUGGUGGAGGGGCGUUGUCCAGAAGAUCCCGAGAAGCUCCAGGUGAAUUUCUCCCGUAACUGCAACACCUUUGAUGCUGUCCAAAGCGUGUUGCCAGCCACACUCGCCACUGAGAAGGCAUGGCAGGAAGCUUUGGCCGAACGUCUACAGGGCAAGGUGCAGCCUUUGAAGGAGGCAGCCGAGGCUGCCAGCGCCGAGUUCGACGCCAGCGUCCAGCACGAGUGCGCGCUGAUGCUGCGGAGCGAGCAGCUGGAAAAGGCAGCGAAGAAGGCCAACAACGAUUUGACCAAGGCCACCAAGAAGGCGACGCCGAUCUCGGUGGUGACCGCGGUGCGGUUCAAGCCCAAGAAGGAGAAAGCUGUGAAGUCCUGGCGCGACAUCAACCAAGCAGUCCAGCUCGAGUGGGCGGUGAAGGUGGAGGAGGGAAGUGGCCCCGACAAGGACGGCCAGCAAAGCUCACCACCGCUAUUGACGCUGCCGGACUGUCGCGGCAUGGCCCGGUCCGUGGUUCAAUCCAGGGCACAAGGACACCACAUCAUCUCAGCGAAGCGCAAGGUGAACAAAAAGCUGAGCAAAGGCUCCUUGUCUGUGGGCCGACGCGUGGCCAAGAGCAUCCUGAAGCGCGUGAAGGGCGAUCCACCGCAGCCCCUGGCGAGCGUGGCGUUGCUGAAGGCGGCGCUGGGUGGCUUGGACGAGGUGGUCUUGGAUUCGAAGGUCCAGGAGUUCUUCGACAGCCCGGAGAUGGGCAUUAUCCGUGCCAAGGACGUUCCCUUGCCCAAGAAGCUUGAGGGACGGCUGCGGCCCUACCAGCUGACGGGGUAUCAUUGGCUGGUGAACAACGCGCGGAACGGCCUCGGGUGCAUCUUGGCCGACGACAUGGGCCUCGGCAAGACGCUGCAGUCCAUCUCCUUGAUUCUGUACAUGAAGCAGCAUGGAAUGUUGGAUAAGCCCAUGCUGGUGGUGGUCCCCAAAGGCUUGCUGACCACUUGGUCGAAGGAGCUGAAGAUGUGGGCGGGCGACGAGCUCAAAGUGCACACGUACUUUGACAACAAGCGCUGUGUCCUUCCCCACAUGGCGGCUCAUGCGCUGGCCGCGCAGACGGCCAAAGCCAAGAGAGGACCCACCGCGACGGAGCAGAAGAGGCGGCUCAUCGGCAAGCAGAGCAGCACCGUCUUUGACAAGGAGAAGCAGAAGCAGCAGCGCGCUGCGAAGCGCCAAGAGAAGCGCCUGCAAAAGGUGAGCUCCGCGGAUGUCUUCCUCACCUCCUAUGGCGUCUUCCGAGCAGAUGUGGAGAAGUUGGCCUGCCCGGAUGCCUUUUCAGGGAUCAUCCUUGAUGAAGCGCAACAGAUCAAGAACUACAAUGCACAGAUCUCCAAGGCCGUGAAGCAGGUGGCGGAGCUGGUGGGCCCUGUGCGGAUCGCGCUGAGCGGGACGCCGGUGGAGAACCGCCUGGCGGACUUGCACAGCCAGUUCGAGUUCAUCUUGCCGGGCUACUUGGCCUCCUCGCGGAAGGAGUUCGAGCAGAACUUCGGAAAGCCCAUCGCCCAAGCCGCGCGAGGCGUGGAGAACCCGGACUUCUUGCGGCAGCAGCGGCUGCUGCAGCGGAUCGUGCGGCCCUUCAUCCUGCGGAGACUGAAGACGGAUCCGGAGAUUUGCAAGGAUUUGCCGGAGAAGAUCGAGCAGGACCAUGAGUGUGAACUCAGCGAAAGUCAGCAGAAGCUCUAUAAGGCCGCGCAAGAGGCCUUCCAGCAGCUCCCAUCGCGGGAUGACAAGUUCGCUCGGCACAACCACAUCUUCUCGAUGCUGCAGGCGCUCCGUGAGAUUUGCAACCACCCCUUCUGCCUGGCGGAGAACCGCCGGCCUCAGGGCUUUGGCAAGGAGGACAUCCCGAACAGCAGCACAUUAUCGGCCAGCGGCAAAUGCACCAAACUCGAGGAGCUGCUGCGGAGCAUCUUGGAGAGCAAUGAGAAGGUCCUCAUCUUUAGCACGUCCUUGACCGCCCUGGAGAUGCUCUCCAAGCAGAUCACCGACGGCUUCAACUGCAAAGUGCUGAAGAUCGUGGGCAGCAUGGGCAAGGACCAGCGCGAGGCCGUGAUGAAUUCCUUCCAGACGGAUCCCGCCAGUUCCGUGCUGCUGCUGUCCCUGCAGGCAGGCGGAGUGGGCCUGACCUUGACGGCUGCGUCCCACGUCAUUCACUUCGAUCGGCAAUACAACCCGGCCAAGGAGAAUCAGGCCACCGACCGCGCUCAUCGCAUCGGUCAGACGAAGACGGUGAUGGUCCAUCGGCUGGUGAGCAAGGGCACCUUCGAGGAGAAGUUGGGCGAAAUCAUGAAGCAAAAGCAGAACCUGUCCAACUUGACCGUGGAAGGAGGUGAGGGAUGGAUCGCCGACUUGGAUGACGAGCAACUCAAAGAGUUGCUGAGUCUGAGCUCGUGAGCUUCCAGACUAAGGAACUCCUGAGAUGUCGCCCUUCCAAUCGUUUAAGAUGGGGAUGUUUCAUGAGUGAUGCCAUGAGGAUGGAGGUAGUGAGAAGCCCUGGAGUUUGAUUGCGACUCAAGAUGCGGACAGAGAAGAGAGCGGGCCAUUCAUAGCCUCAGGAAUCAUGGGCGAAGAACAUGGGGCAUACGUCUGGAAAAACAGGCGGCUUUGGGGUUGACUCUCGAUUUCCUCACUGUUCAGA